AUGAGCGUGAAUCCUGAGAUACAUCUAUCAAGGUCUCCUCCAGACUACGCCACUGAGAAAGCCCAACAUGACGACGAUAAAAAAUCCCCGGAUGGCUCUUUGAACAUAUCGCCGGCACACACUCUGUCUAGCACAGACGACAUCACCUACCACUACUUGGAUUUCGAAACGCCAAUACCCCGCCCUUCGUACCUCUCAGCGCCAUACGAUCUACGCACGACACCGCCAGCGGAACCAGAUCUCAAGAAAUAUGAGUCACCGUUCAAAUGGUCAAAGAGCAGGAAACGCGCGAUAACCUGGCUCUCAUGUCUCGCGACGACAGUCACAGCAUAUGCGGCUGGCAGCUAUACUGCUGGUGAUGCGCAGAUGGAACAAGAAUGGGGCGUGUCCCGCGUUGCCAUUACAGUAGGAGUGACUAUCUUCACCACUGGUUUCGCCAUCGCACCCAUGAUACUUGCCCCGUUCUCUGAGAUCAACGGACGCCGGCCUAUGUUCGUGGUCACUGGUAUCCUAUAUGUUAUCUUCCAGGUCUGCUGUGCCGUCACCCGGUCCUAUGGUGGGAUGCUUGUUUCACGAUUCCUCAAAGGCUGUGCAUCUAGUACAUUCAGUACCAUGGUAGGUGGUGUGGUCAGUGAUAUCUACCAUGCCGAGGACCGCAAUACUGCCAUGGCUCUCUUCAGUGGCGCGGCACUGUUCGGAACAGGUUUGGGACCUUUGGUAUCAUCAUUCGUGGCCUAUCAUACAACGUGGAGGUGGAUUUUCUACCUGCAGGUCAUCACUUGCGGAACCGUUCAAAUUCUGGUUAUCUUGUUCUUCAAGGAAACACGAGGCUCGGUGUUGUUAUCGAAGAAGGCCAAAUGUCUCAACAAGUACUACGAUCAGCUCGAAGCAGCAGGCUUCACUGGCGUCGACAUGCGCGAAUCAGUUUCAGGCAAAAUUACAUCUCAGAGGAUACGCUGGAAAGUAAAGAGCGACGAGGAACGCGCCAGCCUGCUACAGAUGAUCAAAAUCUCGCUGGUUCGACCCUUCCACCUUCUCUUCACAGAACCGGUUGUCUUUUUCUUCAGUCUAUGGGUUGCAUUUUCAUGGGCGAUUCUCUACUUGACAUUCGGCGCCAUCCCCGUCAUCUUCACAGCAUCCCACAACUUCAACCUCUACGAAACAGGCUCAGUGUUCGCCGCCAUCAGCAUUGCCUCCAUAAUCUCAACCAUCAUCUCCAUCCUCGGCGAUAAAUGGACAAAACGCCGUUUCCCUCACCUCGGCGACUCUCCAGAAGGCCGUUUAUAUUUCGCCUGCGCACAAAGUAUCCUUUUACCCGUCGGCCUCUUCUGGCUCGCCUGGACAUCAGGCCCCAAUGUGCAUUGGAUCGUCCCCACCCUCGCCAUCGGUUGCGCUACCAUGGGUAUUUUCAGCAUCUACCUCGCUGUAUUCAACUAUCUAGCCGAUACCUAUCACCGCUACGCAAGCUCUGCAUUGGCAGCACAGAGUUUCUGUCGCAACAUGCUGGGAGGAGCUUUUCCGCUGUUUGUGCCGCAGAUGUUUAAGGCUAUGACGUUUCAGGGUGCUGGCAGUUUGUUAGGUGGGAUCGGUGCGGUGUUGACGUUGGUCCCUUUUGCGUUGCUCAUCUGGGGCCCGAAGAUUAGAGCGAGGAGCAAAUUCGCGAGUGAGAUUAUGGAUAAAUAA